GGCAGGUUGGAAAGUGCUGUGGAGUGGGACUCUGCCACCCGGCCUGAGUGUGAGCUCUUGUAUGUCUGAGAGACCAGGGACAGCGUUGUGGUGGCCACAUUUGGCCUGGGCUUUGAAGACUGAGAAAGAAGGCUGUUCUGGGGCAGAUGGUGGGGAGAAAGGUGGGACGAGUUCUGGAACCAGCAUGGGCAAAGGCCCCCCAGAGGGAAGGAGUCCCGGCUGGCCAGGGAUUCUCUGGGGAGGAGAGUCUAGGUUACUGGCCAGGGUAUGUGUGAGUGCGUAGAGUUGUGGGGAGAGUUCAACCCCAGGUUGAAGCCCUGAGACUUGAUUCUCUCUAGGCUGUGAGGGGAGAGCUGAUAGGGCCAGAGUGACAUCAUGUCAGGCAAAGGGGCCCGUCCAGUGGGAGGGGACUGCUGUGGUCUAGACAGGAAGACCAGUGGGGCUCCCCUCCUCUGCUGCCCCCCAAGGCCCUGACCAAGACAGCUCUCAGAGGCAGAGGAGGGCAGGGCAGGCCUCCCUCUCCUGUGGCCUUCGCUCCUGUCUGUGACCUGGGAAUCCGGGCACCACCCCUUUCCCAGGAUGUGUGAGGAUUCCAUGGCAUGGAGCAUGUGGGUAACUGAGCAGCUGGGCUAGUUUGAGGAGGGGCGACUGCAGGGGACACAAGGGCCUUUAGUCCCGGGGAUGGGGAUGGGCGGUUGAGGGUCUAGAGAAUCAGCUGUGUCUUGGACAGUGUCAGAGGGGUAGGGCCAUGGUAGUGGGGUGCAGCCAGAGUGGAGGAUGAGCCCCUGACUUUGGGAGAGUUGGAGGGAGCUCCGCAUACCUGGACAAAGCAACAGCCAGGUGAUCCUUGGAGAUUCUGUGUGAGCACCAGGGUGCUGCUCUUAGGAAUUGGCCUUGAGCAGGCAGCUGCCCUGAAGACCAGUGCUCGGGCCAUUUUGUCCCUUCUCCCACCACCAGGGUCUGAAGGCUCAGGGAAGGUUGUCCUCAUGGCAGCUGACCUCCUAUUCCCCCAGGCUUAGCUGACCUUGGCUGCUGGGGUGUUGUGGCCUUGGUCCAGGAACUCGGGGGCUCUGAUUCUUGGUGCUGAUCCAGACCCAGCCCUCCCCACAAGGAGCCCCCUGCCUGGCAAGGAGACAGCUCUGUGACAGGCCUCCCAGCACAGCCUAAUGAACAAGGUGCUGGGGCCACAUGCAAGGUCGCUGUCUGCCCCAGGAGUUUGAGAAUGCGUCGUGGGAGAUUGAGCACUGAUGCUGGGUAUUGAAGGUUGGGUAGGACAAGGGGACUUCUGGGCAGAGGGGGCUACAAGUGCCUAGAGGCCUGCCUGAGGGAAUCAUGACCCCUGGGGAAGAGGAGCCCAGGGGAAAGUGGAACAGGCAGGUGGAUCCCAGCCAGCGGAGCUGCAGCCAAGCCCAUGUGAUCUUGCUGGGACAUCCCCCCUCUUCAUGACUCAAACGCCGGCGGUGGGGGGGGGGAGGUGCCUCUCCCUGAAAAGCCUCUCUGUGGUGCUUCGGUGUGUGCUCAUUAUCCUCUAUUUCCAUUUGAGAGCAGAGUCCUUUCUCUUUCAGAUAAGGAAAAGGCUCCCAGUGGGGUUGGGGUGUGGAGGUGACACCAGGAGGAAGCUGAGACCCUGGGCUGGUCACCUGUCUUCUCUGAGCAGGCCUCGGUGUCUCCCCUGUAAAGCCAGCAUGAGGUCCCAUCUGAUGCCGAGGCUGAAGGAGUCUCGCUCUCACGAGUCCCUGCUCAGCCCCAGCAGCGCGGUGGAGGCGCUGGACCUCAGCAUGGAGGAGGAGGUGGUCAUCAAGCCCGUGCACAGCAGCAUCCUGGGCCAGGACUACUGCUUCGAGGUGACAACGUCGUCAGGAAGCAAGUGCUUCUCCUGCCGGUCAGCAGCCGAACGGGAUAAGUGGAUGGAGAACUUGCGGCGAGCGGUGCAUCCCAACAAGGACAACAGCCGGCGUGUGGAGCACAUUCUGAAGCUGUGGGUGAUUGAGGCCAAGGACCUGCCGGCCAAGAAGAAGUACCUGUGCGAGCUGUGCCUGGACGACGUGCUGUACGCGCGCACCACGGGCAAGCUCAAGACCGAUAACGUCUUCUGGGGCGAGCACUUCGAGUUCCACAACCUGCCGCCCCUGCGCACCGUCACCGUCCAUCUGUACCGGGAGACUGACAAGAAGAAGAAGAAGGAGCGCAACAGCUACCUGGGCCUGGUCAGCCUGCCCGCCGCCUCGGUGGCCGGGCGGCAGUUCGUGGAGAAGUGGUACCCGGUGGUGACGCCCAACCCCAAGGGCGGCAAGGGCCCUGGGCCCAUGAUCCGCAUCAAGGCGCGCUACCAGACCAUCACCAUCCUGCCCAUGGAGAUGUACAAGGAGUUCGCUGAGCACAUCACCAACCACUACCUGGGGCUUUGUGCGGCCCUCGAGCCCAUCCUCAGCGCCAAGACCAAGGAAGAGAUGGCGUCGGCCCUGGUGCACAUCCUGCAGAGCACAGGCAAGGUCAAGGACUUCCUGACGGACCUGAUGAUGUCAGAGGUGGACCGCUGUGGGGACAAUGAGCACCUCAUCUUCCGGGAGAACACACUGGCCACCAAGGCCAUCGAGGAGUACCUCAAGCUGGUGGGCCAGAAGUACCUGCAGGACGCACUAGGUGAGUUCAUCAAAGCUCUGUAUGAAUCGGAUGAGAACUGUGAAGUGGACCCAAGCAAGUGCUCGGCCACUGACCUCCCUGAGCACCAGGGCAACCUCAAGAUGUGCUGCGAGCUGGCCUUCUGCAAGAUCAUCAACUCCUACUGCGUCUUCCCACGGGAGCUGAAGGAGGUGUUCGCCUCGUGGCGGCAGGAGUGCAGCAGCCGGGGCCGGCCGGACAUCAGCGAGCGGCUCAUCAGUGCCUCCCUGUUUCUGCGCUUCCUCUGCCCGGCCAUCAUGUCGCCCUCACUCUUCAACCUGCUGCAGGAAUACCCCGACGACCGCACUGCCCGCACCCUCACCCUCAUCGCCAAGGUCACCCAGAACCUGGCCAACUUUGCCAAGUUUGGCAGCAAGGAGGAGUACAUGUCGUUCAUGAACCAGUUCCUGGAGCACGAGUGGACCAACAUGCAGCGCUUCCUGCUGGAAAUCUCCAACCCUGAGACCAUCUCCAACACGGCCGGCUUCGAGGGCUACAUUGACCUGGGCCGCGAGCUCUCCAGCCUGCACUCGCUGCUCUGGGAGGCCGUCAGCCAGCUGGAGCAGAGCAUUGUAUCCAAACUGGGGCCUCUGCCUCGAAUCCUGAGGGACGUUCACACGGCACUGAGCACCCCAGGGAGUGGACAGCUUGCAGGGACCAACGACUUGGCCUCCACACCUGGCUCUGGCAGCAGCAGCAUCUCAGCUGGGCUGCAGAAGAUGGUGAUCGAGAACGAUCUCUCUGGUCUGAUAGAUUUCACCCGGUUACCGUCUCCAACCCCCGAAAACAAGGACUUGUUUUUUGUCACAAGGUCCUCCGGGGUCCAGCCCUCACCUGCCCGCAGCUCGAGUUACUCGGAAGCCAACGAGCCUGAUCUUCAGAUGGCCAACGGUGGCAAGAGCCUGUCCAUGGUGGACCUCCAAGACGCCCGCACACUGGACGGAGAGGCGGGCUCCCCGGCGGGCACUGAUGCCCUCGCCACUGACGGGCAGGCACCUACCACUCAGCUGGUGGCUGGGUGGCCGGCCCGGGCAGCUCCGGUGAGCCUGGCAGGGCUGGCCACGGUGCGGCGGGCAGGCCAGACGCCGACCACACCAGGCACCUCAGAGGGUGCGCCGGGCCGGCCCCAGCUCUUGGCACCGCUCUCCUUCCAGAACCCUGUGUACCAGAUGGCGGCCGGCCUGCCGCUGUCUCCUCGCGGCCUCGGCGACUCGGGCUCUGAGGGCCACAGCUCCUUGAGCUCCCACAGCAACAGCGAGGAGCUGGCGGCUGCCGCCAAGCUGGGAAGUUUCAGCAGUGCCGCCGAAGAGCUGGGGCGGCGCCCCGGGGAGCUGGCGCGGCGGCAGAUGUCGCUGACUGAGAAGGGCGGGCAGCCCACAGUGCCCCGCCAGAACAGCGCCGGCCCCCAACGGAGGAUCGACCAGCCGCCGCCCCCACCCCCGCCGCCACCUCCUGCCCCCCGCGGCCGGACGCCACCCACCCUACUGAGCACCCUGCAGUACCCGCGGCCCUCAAGUGGGACCCUGGCGUCGGCCUCGCCCGACUGGGCUGGCCCUGGAGCUCGGCUGCGGCAGCAGUCCUCCUCCUCCAAGGGCGACAGCCCGGAGCUGAAGCCUCGUGCAGUGCACAAGCAGGGCCCUUCACCCGUGAGCCCCAAUGCCCUGGACCGCACGGCCGCCUGGCUCUUGACCAUGAACGCGCAGUUGUUAGAAGACGAGGGCCUGGGCCCUGACCCCCCCCACAGGGAUAGGCUAAGGAGUAAGGACGAGCUCAGCCAAGCAGAAAAGGACCUGGCAGUACUGCAGGACAAGUUGCGAAUCUCCACCAAGAAGCUGGAGGAGUAUGAGACCCUGUUCAAGUGCCAGGAGGAGACAACACAGAAGCUGGUGCUGGAGUAUCAGGCACGGCUGGAGGAGGGCGAGGAGCGGCUGCGACGGCAACAGGAGGACAAGGACAUCCAGAUGAAGGGCAUCAUCAGCAGGUUGAUGUCAGUGGAGGAGGAGCUGAAGAAGGACCACGCGGAGAUGCAAGCAGCUGUAGACUCCAAACAGAAGAUCAUUGAUGCCCAGGAGAAGCGCAUCGCCUCCCUGGACGCUGCCAACGCCCGCCUCAUGAGCGCCCUGACACAGCUGAAAGAGAGGUACAGCAUGCAAGCCCGUAACGGCAUCUCCCCCACCAACCCCACCAAAUUGCAGAUUACUGAGAACGGCGAGUUCAGAAACAGCAGCAAUUGUUAACCUGCCCGAGGAGAGGGAGGACCGAGGUGGCCCAGGGCGGGGGCGCAGCCUGGGGAGGAGCAGCCCCAGCGCAGGGGGCCGGAGGCCGCGGCCCGCCUCCCCCCUCCGCCCCGCGGUCCAGGAGGCGGCUGCAGAGGGAGCCGCAAGAGACUGGCGCAGCGUGAGCGGGUCAGCGGCCCGCUCCCCGAGAAGCGUGCUCAGUGUAGGCCAAAGAGACUGCAGGCUGGGGAGUGGGGACAGCCUGGUGGGAGCAGGCUCAUUGUUGCUCAUUGUUGAAUCUGGUGUGCGUCACCUUUCCUCCUUGACCUGGCCAAGUGCAUGUACCCCCACAUCCUCCCCAGGGAGGGGCCCGGAGAGGUGGAGGGUCGAAGAGCCAGGAACCUACUCCUCAUGGCUUCCCCUCACCUCCCCAGGGGCCCAGGGCUCCCAGGCAGCCAGGCCCUGCCCUGUGGGACCUGCCCUCCAUUCCAAGAGCUGACAGGGCGGUCGGCAGGCGGGCAGGGAGUGGGUGGGGAGGACGGAACUGCCAGAGUUCUGGGUCCCCUGCCCGUCUUCACCCUGAGCACCUGCCACUGCAUGCGCAGGGAGCCUUCUUGGCUGUGAGGAACCGAGGAUUCACCCCGACACCUGUCCCCAGACUCCGCCCUCCUUCCCUAACUUGUUCUGCCAAAUAAACCCAGUGAGGAUCACAGCUUGCUCUUCUGGGCCCUCGUGCCUGUAGGAAGAUCCAGAGCCUCCCUCCCUUGAAUCGUGGGCCCGGGCUGAUACUCUGGGCACUGCAAAGCCAAAGACGUGGGCAGAGUUGGCCCCAGUGGCACUGUGCGGUGCCUGCCCUUCUCCUACAGCAAGUGUCCCGGGCACGGUGGCCCUGCAGGGAGUGGCCAGCUGGUGCUCCCCCGAGAGAGAGGCUGAGCUUUUCUGAUUGAUGGUUAAAAAAAAUUCUGAUGCCCGCAGGCCCUGAGAAGGUGGAUAACUGUGAUUUUUUUUCCUUUCACAGUAUGCAUUAGAAACAAAAGCCCGCUUGCUCGCUUGCUGGAACACAGGGGCCUUUUAAAAUUGAGCGUGUGCACUGCAUGGGAAAUAGCGGCCCCGGAGGAUGUUAGACUUGCUCCCUCUCCAAGACAGCAGCGGCCUGCACCUGGCCCCGUGUGUGCGGCCGGCCUCUGCCUCACCCUCCCGGGCCCCAGCGGAGGACCCAGGCGCUGCAGACAGGGGAGGCGCCCACCCCACGGCUGGGGCUGGUUUCCCUCAGCUCUAGGCUGUUCUGUAGCUUAUCAGCCCUCCCCACCCCCCACCCCUUGCGGGACAUAGGUGGGCAGGAGCUUGGGCCUCUCUCGUCCAUCCCUGUCCCACUCCUCACCCUGGGGAAUCUUGGGCAAGAGCUGGGGUGUUUGCCCUGCUGGGAGCCAGGGCUGGGCGAGCUGCCUCAGCCGUAGGAAGCUGAGGAGCCCCUUGGAAAGAGCGCUGAGCCCUUCCUGCCCCCGGGGCUGGAGACACGCUACCAGGGCCCAGGUUGCCACAGAGAUCCCAAGGAAGGGCAGCGCGGCAGGGGUGGCCCAGACCACACUGCACCCGGUCCUGGGCCUGUGCUCUGAGCAGGGGCUCUUAGGUGAAAGCUGCAGUUCAGUUAGGCCGGAGACAUGCUGGUGGCGAGAGGGCAGGGCCCCCAAGGGUCACAGACCUCAGGAAGGAAGCUGUGGGGCUGAGGCCCUACCCCAGUCCUGGCCGCACCGGCAGGGCCUGGCCCCAGUGAUGUCCUCCUCUGGUUCAGUCUCGAUCCCGCUGCCCAGUGAGCCCUCCCCUCCUCCCUACCCACCUCUCUUCCCACCGAUGCCUCGUUGAGCGACCUCGGACUGAGCGCCUCUUAGCAAUACAGGGGGAGGUUCCCAGGGCCUGGGCAAGCCGGGCUCCGGAGGCCAGCAGUGGCCGGUGCUGGCGGCCCUUGGCCUGGGGUUGUAAGCUUUCAGGCCAAGAGCCUUAUUUACUUAGUGCAAAAACUGUAAAAGUGUACAGACUCUUCACAGAUUUUUAUCUGAAUUGCAAGUCUGAUGAUUUUUGUAAAUGUUCUUGGUGUUUGACUGUAAUGUAACUAUUUCACCUAAUGGUUGUACAUAGUCCUUUAGUCCUGGUGCUGCCGAGGGCUGCCCGGGACCGCUGCUCUCCGACGGUUUUUAUUUUAUUUUUAAUCUAGAGAACAGUAUUGGGCAGGGGGCAGAGAUUGGGGAUUUGGGUGUUGGGGGUUUUCCCUGCUUGUGGCAUUUACCUGUUGGCUUUGCAGUGUGCUGUCUGGGUGAGGGUGGUGGGGACAUGUGUCCCGCCAGGGUCACACUGAACCUGUGCCCCAGAGGGAGAGGUGAGGGGAAGCAGUCUCUGCUUGGGGAGACAGAGGCCCAGCUCUGCUGGAGAAGGCUCUCCCCUGCCAACAGAGAGGCCCGAUUGUUUUGCUUGACUUUUAUGUUUAGGGUGAAGGAAACUGCCAAACUUCCAUAAGUGAAGACUCUUUCCGACUGCCCAAAAGAGGGGGUGGGGGACCAAGGCCAGAGCUCCGGGUGCCCCCACCCCGCAGAGCAUCUGCCUCGGGGCACACCUCCCUCCCCCCUCCGUCUGCAGAAGGCAGACUGUCCAGGGAAACAGCCCCUCUUUUCUACACAUGGCCUGAGAGCCGCCCCCAGCCCCCACUCUGCCUCCCUGCCCCCCUUUUGUAAGUAUGUGAAAAGGAAAAAAUGCCAACGCUGGAGACUUGGCCGGAGCGCCUCCCUCCAGCUGGGGCUCUAACGGUGUAAUAAUGUACAGAGAGCGUUGUCGGUGUGCUAAGACUGUGUGGCUGUGCAAUUUCUGUACAUUUGCAAUUAGAAAUAUUAAAGAUUUAUUUAGCUAUUUUAAA